AUGUCGACUACCACUCUUACUACGUUCCCCUUGGCAGAGCUCCCCUACGACCUCAUCGUCAAAAUUCUUCACACAAUGCCGUUCCGAAGCGCUAGCCGUCUCGUACGGACCAACAAGAGAAUGUACACUCUGCUUAUCAGAGAGCUAUACAAAAUCACCAAGAUUCGAGGAUGGUUCCCCCUAGGAUUCGCCUGCGCAACUAACAACCUGCGCACCCUGUCCCUCUGCCUCGAUGCUGGGGCUCCUCCUGACUACCAUAUUCCCAAAGACUUGGGAUACCAUCGAUGGGCGAACACCUCUUUCUAUAUGCGAGACGCAGACCCCAACACAACCAAUGACGAGGCACAGCAUUGUGAUCGAUCGCCUCUAGCUUACGCCUACCAACGCGGCAGCGAUAGCAAUAUCGACGCCAUGCAAGCCCGUGUUAUUUGCUUUGCGCUGUUCGACGCGGGGGCUGAUUUCACCACUCUGAGCGUGAAGAAGAGAGUCGAGUUCUACCGAAUGAUCCAUGACCAGAAUUACCUCCCUGCUGCUUGGUCUUAA